AUAAUCAUCUUCCCCUUCGUCCAGAACUCCGUCCAUUAAUCCACAAAGUCCUCUCGUAAGCCAAGCAGUGACGGUCGGGACAAUCGCAAUGCCACGCUUCUCCUUGCUCCUUCCCCUCCUCCUUUGCCUCCUUUUCUUUUGCAGUUUCUCCCAUGCCACCCGUUUCCGAUGCCACCCCGAGGACAAGCAACUUCUCGAUCAGCUCUUUAACAUGACCCUCGAUUUCGACUGCUGCGCCUUCAAGCCCGUCGGGUGCAAUGUGAACACGAGCUGGAUCGAAUCACUUGACAUCUCUGACGACCGGAUCACCGGGACCAUCCCGCCGGUGCUCGGCAAGAUGACCAAUUUGAUAGUGCUUCAGAUAAAAGAGAGCCGAAGCCUCGUCGGCGACAUCCCCCCCGCCAUUGCCAAGCUCACCAAGCUCACAUUCCUCCGGAUUGCGUUCACCAACUUCUCCGGACCAAUUCCGUCCUGGAUCAGCCAACUAAAAGAGCUAGAGUACCUCGACCUCUCCUACAACAAGCUCACCGGUCCAAUUCCGUCGUUCCUGUUCGACCUCCCCAAGCUGAAGCGGUUGCGCCUGGACCGGAAUCAGCUCACCGGGACGAUACCCGAGUCGUCUGGCCGGUUCCGUGGCACCGAGCUGUACCUAGGCCUUAAUCAACUCUCCGGAGCCGUGCCGUUGUCCCUUGGCCGCAUGGAUUUUGAACAUAUUGAACUCCAGAGGAACCGGUUCGUCGGCAACCCGUCUCACCUCUUCAACAACCGAUCCAAGUCUCUGAGUUACAUCGACCUGUCCCGGAAUCUCUUCGAUUUCGAUCUAACCAAUGUGGUGUUCCCUGUGAAGAACUUGUAUCAUGUGGAUCUCUCCCACAAUGCGAUAAGUGGUAGCAUUCCGGAGCAGGCAGCUGAGGUACCGGCGCUUUCUCUCUUCAACGUGAGCUACAAUAGGCUAUGUGGAAGGAUACCGAACGGUGGACAGUUGCAGAACAUAGAAAGCUACUCCUACUUGCACAAUAAGUGCCUUUGCGGACCGCCACUCUCUACCAAGUGCUGAGCUUCCUCUCUCUCUCUCUCUCUCUCUCUCUCUUUAUAUAUAUAUAUAUAUAUAUAUAUAUAUAUAUAUAUAUGUAUAUACUUCAGUACUCCUACUUGCACAACAAGUGCCUUUGCUGGCCUCCAGUGUCUACCAAGUGCUAAGCUUUCUCUCUCUCCCUCUCUCUCUCUAUCUCUCUCUCUCUCUCUAUAUAUAUAUAUAUAUAUAUAUAGAAAACUACUCCUACUUGCACAAUAACUGCCCUUGCGGGGCCGCCACUCUCUACCAAGUGCUGGUUCCCUCUCUUUCUCUCUCUCCCUCUCUCUAGAGAGAGAGAGAGAGACACUCCCCUUGGCGUUUUGAGAGUAUACUUCUGUUGUAAAUUAUUAGUAUUCUAAUAAAAGGAUUUCUACCGUA